CUUAGUGAAGAAUGUGAUUUUGCAUUUCAUUUAUAAUGGACGGAAGCAAAAUCAAAGAAGAAGAGGUGAACGCGAAGAGAUCAUCACUUAGAUGGCGAUGGUCUUUGGCAGCAGCUUUGGUUGUCGUGUUCUUGGCAGUCGCUGCAAACUCCAGGAUAGGUUUUUUCUUCAACGGCUCCAAAUCUUUACAACAGGAAUCUGGUAUACACAGAGUGUGGCAGAAACACGAGAGUCUCAAGCUAUCUACUGUACCGUAUUAUUUGUGGCGAAAGCCCUCCAACAUCUUAUAGCGUCAGGUUCGAGUCUUACAAGACCCUGAUGGAUCUGGUCGAGGAUGGAUACUACGAGUCCCGACCUUUCAACGUCGACGGAUUCAGUUGGACGUUCCUAAUCUAUCCAACGGGGAUUGAGAAGAACGGAUAUGUUUCGCUUUAUGCAAGAAUCGAUAACUCAAGCUUCUUCGGCGAUGUGUAUGCGGAGAUUAAGUUCUUCGUCUAUCACCCUUUUUCUGGCUUGUAUCUCUAUUCCCAAGAGUUUGAACCGGUGAUGUUUCAUCCUUUCAAACCGGAGUGGGGGGUGGCAAAAUUUCAACCGGCGUCCCUCUUCGAUAAGUUAGCAGUAACAAAUGGAUACCUUACCAAGGACGGUGAAUGUGAGCUUGGAAUAGACGUCUUCUUUGCUCCACCUUUUAACAACUGGGAAAAUUUCACCUAUGAUGAUCAUAUCAGCGAUCCCAUUUUCAAUUGGCACCUCACCAGUUUUUCUACUCGCUAUCUCGACUCUUACACAUCCGACACAUUUUCUUCCGGAGGCAGAAACUGGGUAUUGAAAGUGUAUCCAAGUGGAAAUGGUGAUUAUUUGUCACUCUACUUGUUGAGUGAGCCUAAUGAAAAGGAUUACGUUCGAGCUACGCUACGAGUUCUCAACCAAAUCUCAUCCAACAAUAAUGUGGAGAAACAUGUUGAGGGAUGGGCUAAUGCAGCAGAAACUGGAUGGGGCUUCGAGGAGUUUAUACUUAUUUCAGAUCUGAAAGAUAGAACCAAAGGUUUCGUUGUGGGAGACUUGCUCGAGAUUGAAGUCGAGAUCAUGGCCUUCUCUAAAACGAAGCACUCCAUCUAACUAGGGUUUAAUCAUUUAUGAUGAGCCCAAAAACAUGCUCCUUUUCUUUCUCCUUUUAUAAUAAUGUCGUAUCGUGUGAGAUUCAAACUAGAGAGAUCUCUUAUCAAAACUUAAAACAUUUUAUAUGUGAGACAACCCCAUCUCUUUUGUUUGUAUGUCCAAAAUAAUAAAGGUUUCUGUUUAUUUUCCCAAUGCUACUCUUUUGUUGAUACUUUCUAUGUUCAAAAAUAAUAAAGAGCUCCACAUACUUUUUCCAAA